AUGGACUACCUGUGGGGGAUUGUACUGCUGCUGUGGACGCUCAGUGUGCCGGAGAGAGGAACCGACGCUCAGGGGAGCAAGAACAACGUACCCCGGCUCAAACUCUCCUAUAAAGAAAUGUUGGAUUCCAACAACCUUCUCACUUUCAAUGGAUUGGCCAACAGCACUGCCUAUCACACCUUUUUAUUGGACGAGGAGAGAGGCCGGCUCUUUGUGGGCGCCAAAGACCAUGUGCUGUCCUUCAGCUUGGUGGACAUCAAUCUGGACAUGCAACUGAUAUCCUGGCCUCCUUCACCUUCUCGACGAGAUGAAUGCAAGUGGGCUGGGAAGGACGUCCAGAAAGAGUGCUCAAACUUCAUAAAGGUUCUGCAGUCGUUUAAUCAGACGCACUUGUAUGUGUGUGGAACAGGAGCCUUCCAUCCCGUCUGCGCUUAUGUGGAAGUGGGCAAACGCCCCGAGGACAACAUCUUACGGCUAGGGUCAUCAAGCUUUGAGAAUGGCCGUGGAAAGAGUCCAUAUGACCCCAAACUGCUGACCGCUUCCAUGCUGAUCGAUGGGGAACUUUAUGCUGGGACAUCAGCUGACUUCAUGGGCCGGGACUUUGCCAUUUUCAGAACGUUAGGCAAGCACCAUCCAAUCAGAACAGAGCAGCAUGACUCCAGAUGGCUCAAUGAUCCUAGAUUUAUCAGUGUGCAUCUCAUCCCAGAAAGUGACAACCCUGAGGACGACAAGAUCUAUUUGUUCUUCAGAGAGAACGCCAUCGAUGGAGAGCAAACCAGCAAAGCCACGCACGCCAGAAUCGGACAGCUGUGCAAGAAUGAUUUUGGAGGCCACAGGAGUUUGGUGAACAAAUGGACCACCUUCCUGAAAGCCCGCUUAAUCUGCUCCGUUCCUGGUCUGAACGGCAUAGACACACACUUUGAUGAGCUACAGGAUGUUUUUCUCAUGAGCUCCAAGGAUCCCAAAAACCCUAUUAUCUAUGCUGUAUUUACAACAUCCAGUAACAUCUUUAAAGGCUCAGCGGUGUGUAUGUACAGUAUGGCGGAUAUCAGGAGGGUGUUUCUGGGCCCUUAUGCCCACCGAGAUGGACCCAACUACCAAUGGGUACCGUUUUUGGGUCGAGUGCCAUAUCCAAGACCUGGCACGUGCCCCAGCAAAACUUUUGAUGGUUUUGAAUCAACAAAGGACUUUCCCGACGAUGUUAUCACGUUUGCCAGAAGCCACCCGGCCAUGUACAACCCAGUGUUCCCCAUCAACAACCGUCCAAUCAUAAUCAAAACCGAUGUGGACUAUCAGUUCACACAGAUAGUGGUGGACAGGGUGGAGGCAGAGGACGGACAGUAUGAUGUCAUGUUCAUUGGCACUGAUAUGGGCACAGUUCUUAAGGUGGUUUCUAUCCCCAGAGGAACAUGGCAUGAUCUUGAAGAAGUCCUGUUGGAAGAGAUGACUGUGUUCAGAGAACCAACAGCUAUUACUGCCAUGGAACUCUCCACUAAGCAGCAACAGCUCUAUCUUGGAUCCACCAUUGGUGUUUCUCAGAUGCCGCUGCAUCGCUGUGACGUGUAUGGGAAGGCCUGCGCUGAGUGCUGUCUGGCACGUGAUCCUUACUGCGCCUGGGACGGCUCGCAGUGUUCCCGAUACUUUCCAACUGCUAAGAGGAGAACAAGGCGUCAGGAUAUAAGGAACGGAGACCCUCUGACUCAGUGUUCGGAUCUACAGCAUCACGAAGAGGGAGAAGGAGAGAGGGGUUUGCUGGAUAAGACAGUGUACGGGGUUGAAAACAGCAGCUCUUUUCUGGAGUGCAGUCCUAAAUCCCAGCGUGCCCUUAUUUACUGGCAGUUUCAGAGACAUGGAGAGGACCGCAAACAAGAGAUAAAGUCAGAUGAGCGGGUGUUGGGCACAGAACAGGGUUUGUUGAUCCGAACCCUCCAUCAGAAGGACUCAGGUGUGUAUUACUGCCAUGCUGUUGAACACGGCUUCAUCCAGACCAUCCUCCGCCUGACACUCAACAUCAUUCCCACCGAACACCUGGAUGACCUCCUGCACCGAGACACGGCCGACAGCAGCGACCCGGCCAAUGGCAAGAUGUGGUACCGUGACUUCCUGUCCCUCAUCAACCCGCCGAGCCCGAACAGCGUCGACCAGCUCUGUGAGCAGGUUUGGAAAAGAGAACGGAAACAGCGUAGGCAGAAAGCCAAUCUGCUGCACACCAGCCAAUCACACGCCAGCCAGCUCAUCCACUCCAGCCAAUCACACACCAGCAAGUGGAAGCUGCAACAAGAGAACAAGAAAGGACGCAAUCGCAGGACCCACGAGAUGCAGCGGGCGCCCCGCAGCGUGUGACAUGGACUCAAACGGGACAUCAAACAGACUUCUGCUGAGACUGGAGACAGGAAGAGCGGAAUUCCACUUCCUGUAGUAUGUGUGUGAGGGAUUUACUUAUGAACCAGAGCACAUCUUCAUUCACACGUAUUGAGACUCAAACUCUGAGAGGACGUAACGGGACACAAGAAGCUAACAGAUACUGAAAUACCUGUAAAUAUGACAUCAACACAAAAAUAUACUGUGAGACAGGUUUCAGUCUGUAUGAAAACCUUGUUUCAUUUUAUGAGAGACAAAACAUGGAUUCUGAAAGACCACUGUUUAACCUCCAUUUAGCUAAAGCACAAUCCCAGUGCAUUCUGGGUAAUGAACUUGUCAGUGAUAUUAUGUGUAUAGAGUGUGCUGACCUUAACAUAUACUGUAUAUCUUUGUAUCAGAAUGGUAGGCCCUUCUGUUUAUGUACUUAUCCAUUAAUUAGGAGUUCUUCUUCUUUUCUUUCCCCCUCUUUCUGUCUUCCUCCUUGUGUUUUCUGUAUUCAUCUGCCUCAAAAGCAACGCCUCCAUUAAUGGAACUGUGCACUUGUUCCUCUGAAUAAGCUCUUCCUGACAAGAAAAACUAAAAAUAUUUUCUGCUAUUUUUUUUUUUUUUUUAGAUUAAUAUUUAAUUUUGUACUGUGCCAGAGUAUAUCUAAAAUAUUACAUGAUAGAUUUAUUUUAUUAUUAGUUGUCUUAAUUGUAAACCACUGCAUAAUGAGGGUAAACAAGCCGCCUCACUAACUUUUUCUCCUCAGUUAAGUUAUUUGCUGAUAUGAUUUUUGUCUAUGUUCACGUUCACAUUUAUGUAAAAGCAUUGUUGUCAAGUAUAUGAAAUAUGAUUUUGUCAUGUUCAUCAUGCAUACUUGGGGAAAUACUGGCUUGAACUACAUGUACAAAAACAGAAUUUAUGAAAAAGCAAUCCACACUACAACUAUAUAGACUAUAUUACCGUUUUUCAGCUAUAGAAUAAUUAUGUUUAUGGCAUAACAUUAUUAUUUGUAACUGCUAAAAACUGCUUUAAAUUUUUUUCUUUUUACAAGGCUCUCCAUUUUUUGUGAUGUUCAAGGCCAUAUUUGAAGUCAACAUAGAAACAUAGUAUGUCUGGAGCACUUUUUGCUACUAUAACGUAACAUUUCUUAGUGAAACAGCAUUAAUUAUAAUUUUAUACAUUUUAAUCCCCUAAUGAAAAGUGAGCACAUCCACAAAAUAGAUGAAAAAAAAAUAAUAAUUAUAUCAAUCUAAUCAAAUAAAAUAAUAACGUCACAAAACUUUUAACGAAUGGGUGGCGCCAUUGUUACACCCCUACUUAUAUAUUCGUAGCUCAGAGAUGUCUUAGAGAUUUCCACAUUUUAUUAAUUUUUUAAAGAGAUUACGAAAACAGGCCAUUUCUUUUCUUUGGAAUAACUUAGGGACUUAAUCAUGAACCAUGCAAUAAGACCAAAACUUGGACCGAGAGAGUAAAUGGGGUGUUGGUUUAGAUUUUUUGUUGACUUUAAAUAUGACGAAUUUACAACUGUUAUACAAUAUCCCAAGCCUGUCCCUUGGCUGAGGAAGGGACAGCUGUGUGACUGGAACUGCUGGAAUCAGAGACAGAAUACAGCUGCGACCGGACUCACAGACUCCUUGAAAAGUCCUACUUUCACUGAAUUAGUUUUAUCAAGUCAUGUUUGACCCUUCUUGUUGAGGCCACACACACACACACACACUCACACCUACAGCACACAUAUAUCUGAAUGUAGCUGUGAACAUAUAGACUAUUUAUGGAAAAAAUGGUCCAAAAAAUAUAUGCCACUGUGUACAAACUGCAUGUGAAUUUUCAGCACCACUCAUUUCUAUACUCGUUUACAGUAGCUGCUCUUGUUAAUGAGAGAUUUGUCUGGCGUUGGAUUACAGGUGGUGCUGAAAAAAAAUAUUCUGCUAAUAAUGACAGAUGGUGUAUCGACGUGCAUAAUUUCUGCCUGAUGAAUUCUCUCUCUUUGUAACUAAAUGUAUAACCAACGGGAAACCGCUGUAAAUGAAAGGAUUUGAGAUGCAAAACUCGACAGUAUGAACUCGGUUGGCUGGCUCUGUUUGAAUGGACAUCGGGCAGGAAAGGUCACCUGCCUUGCUUAGACCUUUCAAAGGGACUCUCUUGAACUGGAAACGAGGGACAAAGACAUGAAAAUGCUGCUGUAAAUUAUUCAUUUCUGGCAUGCAUUCUGCUGUUCAAAUAAACGUCUCUUCUAAAGAA